CGGGUGGAAAGGGAUGCGUGACACAUGGUGACAACCGGAUGCCGGACACUCGGUGAGCCGGAUGGGGUAAUUCAAUGAAUCAGUCCGGGAGAUAUAUCUCUUGACCUGUAUAGUAAACAUGGAGGUGUAAAGAUGGAUUCCUUUGAGGGUUUCCUCCACCUAUUUGUCGUUUCAUGUCGUUUCUGAAAGGCUCCUUUGGGCCUUUCGUUUUGAAACAGAACUUGAAUUCCUCCACGCCCUGGAUUUCAGUCACUGGUUGUGGCAGCUUGAGUGGGUGCAUGCAUCCCGCAGCUAGUGAGCUCGUUGAAGAUUUGUGCCCAGUCGACAUAAAGCAGUUCCGGUGGAUUGGGCCAUGGCGAGCACGGACACUGGUGUCCGCAUCCAUGAAAGGGGCAGCUGCAAUCCAUGUGUGUUCUUCUUCUCGGACUAUGGUUGUAUGAACGGAAACGGAUGCAACUUCUGCCACUUGGCCCAUGUGGAAGAGGAUGGCAACCGUCCGCGGAAGGAACGCCGCCGCAGGAUGAAGCAGAAGAUCUCCGAGAUUGUCUCAGAGACUUCCGGUGACCCCAACCAGGUUCAGGAACAACUUCAGGCUGAAGCCCUUCGUCACCCCUUCCUCCGCCGCAUGAUCCAAGCCUACUUGAGCCGCCUGGGGCGGCGCAUGGGGCCGGCCAAUCUGGUCGGAGUGGUCUUUUCUUUGUAGGCCUAGGUCCUAGGUGGUUUUCUCGGUGACUGAGAGAGGA